UCGUGCGGUACGUGUGACUCGGGCGCGGAAAAAUUUUGUGCCGGCUUAAGAGGACUACUAAAUUUUGUAUCUAUGUACAUACAUACAUACAUAUGUGUGCGCAAAAACAACAAAUGCAUGUGCAUAUAAAUUGUUUCGGAAAUCAGAAACCAACAAGAAGUGAAGUGAACUUCGGAAAGCAGUGAAUUAGAAAUGCAUUAUGUGAAUUGUAUUUGAUGGAUACGCUUUGCUUUUGUAGCUCUCAGAUACAAAACGAUCGUCGGCGCACGCACACAAGGCAACAGCAUAGCUAAAGCAGAUACAUACACAUACAUACAUAUGUAUAUAUGUAUGUUGUUGUUACUGUUUUGUUGAUAAAUCGCAAAGCCAGCCGAUACAAAAUAUGCGCGUGUAGUUGUGUGCGGGCCUUUGGAGCGGAUUUCGCAGCUGUGUGCAAGUGUGUGUGUGUAUCUGUGUGUCGCUGCCGCAUGAAUCAUCUGUGAGUCGCACAAACGCUGCGAAGCGAAGCAGAGAAAAGUGAUAAUAAAAUAACAACAAGAAGUGUUUAUAAAUAAAAUAUAAAUAAUAUUAAAAAGAAGAUAAAAAUAAAUGCUAAAAACAAAAACAAACACCAACGACACAGUUUGCAGGCGACAACAACACAGCAACUAUAAUAAUUUUACAGGUGAAGCAGCGACUUGACCAUAGUUUUUGUUGUUGUUAAAUAAUUUAAACUGCGAAAAUAUACACACGUGUGUGCCUAACAGUAGUUUGUGAUAUGUGUUGCAGCCAUUUUAAGCAAUAAACGAAGGGUGAAAUUUCUCUUGGCAAAACAAGCGAAAAAAUAGCCACGGCAAAGCGCGGACGGACACGGUGUCUUUUUGCAAUUAACGAAAGUAUGCGAAUAGCUGCAUGUGUGUUAAACAAUAACAACAAAAACUAUAAAAUUGUUUUUGCUUGAAAGUUGAGCAAUUAACACGCAUUUCGCUGUGGAAGAAGCUGCAAAAAUAGUUGAAAAAAGUGUAUGGAGAUUUGAAAAGUUUCAAUAUGGAACAGGAGGACUCUUGCCGACCCGUACCCGCGCCGCGUCGCCUCUACCCCGAGCUGCGCAAAACCGACUAUGAAAACGUCACCGUCGAGUUGAUUAAUAAAAAUCUCAACAUCAAUUCGGAAAACAUACACACAGUCACAAAUUGCACCGAAAAAGUGCCAAAUAAUAAAAUCUUCUUCGGCACGCACUCGGAUCAAGAAGAUGCCGGCAGCGUCGGCACACGCAAGUCCAUACUAACAGAAACAAAUGACUUGUAUGGACCCAAUGCAAAUGAGGAGGUCACGGCCGCACCCAUCUAUGCCACACCUACACCGGCGCCGCGGCCACGUAAACCCCAAAACACGGACUUCGAGAACGCCAACAGCAUCUACGAGAAUACAGCUUUACGCAGCCCCUCGCCAAAAACGCCGUCACUCUAUCCACAACUGCCGCGCGCCACCGGCGCCAUCAGCAAGGAAACUUCACCCAAUACAUCGACAGCAUCAUCGCCAUCGAACAAUCGCUCGGCGAUGCGUAAAGCGCCCGAUUUGCCGCCGAAGACUUACCUCAGCGUAGAACGGGAGCGCGCCAAUCGCGCACAGCGCUAUUCCAUCGGCAGCGAAGUGUCCACCACGAGCAGUUACAAUGUGACCAUGGAUGGUGGCGGCAGCGCUUUUGGUGAGCGCUCAUUCAGCGGCAGCUACAAACAGAAAUCGGCCUCCAAUGCAACGCUGAAUUCAUCCUUGGACGGUUCGAAUGAGAGCGGCGAUAAUGCGAAAUUCAAAUCACCUUCACCCGGGUAUGUAAGCGACGUAGGUGGCAAAUGCAAUCUGAACCGUUAUGUGUCGCACAAUGCUAGUGAUAUUAGCGCACACGAUGAUGAUUACGAUGUUGACGAUGACGUUGAGGUUGAUAUUGCAUUUGAUAGCGACGAUAGUGGCCGCAACAACAACACCAACAGCAACCAAUUGAACAAUCAAUUCACUGGCAUUGCCGCUGGCAACCAAACGACAAACGACAAAAGCGCAUUCACUGCACUCACCAAUGCCCCUGACACCAACGCAAUUGCGUGCAAUCAAACUAAAGUCAACAAUGAACUCUUGAAAUCCAUUGGUUCCACAUCGAAACUACUCACCGAAUCCAUCGGCGAGCGUGUGGCGCUCAAAACUAAGGGCAUAAAGAACAAGUUCGAUAAGAAUUUCAGCACGAUCAGCAGUGAGACGGCACAACGUUUGCGUAGCGUCGGUAAAAACUUCAAUACAAACUUCACGCUGACCAAAAAGGAGAAGGACAAAGAGAAGGAGAAGGCCACAGCGCAAUUCCACACGGAACGUCCACAAACACUGCCACCCAACGAUCAAGUCUUCGGCUCCAUCUCCUUCACAAGCCCAUUGAAUCACAAAACCGACGGCGUUGAAGAUCUGUCCGCCAGCGCCGCUGAUUGCUCAUAUGAUUUGCCGCGUAAUUUAAGAGCGGCGCGCAGCGAUUUGGAUCUACCCGCGCCACCAUCUUAUGAAGACGCCCUCAAAACUGCGCCACAAACAUCAUUCGCACGUAACGCACCCAUUAGUAAGUCGGUGAUGGUGCCCAAACAUAUAGCCGCUGAGGCGGCCAGUGUGGCGCUGAAGAAGCAACGCAGCAAUACGAGUCUGCAAAAUGUCACAGAGGAGACACAUGCAACGGACAACAGUUCAGUUGGCACUUCGCGCGACUCAAUGGAUUUACCAUCGCCGCCAAUGCCCAACUUUCCAGCGCCGACGUUGCCGAAAGAAGUGGUGGCCGAGAUUUCGGAUGGACUGUAUGGCAAACUCAAGCCCAUACAGCCACCACAACGGCUGAAGCGACGUAAGAAUUAUGAAGAAAUACAACUGCGACGUGCGCUGGACACCCCAUCACCGGUCGGUGGCGCCUCCUUACGUCCAAAUGUUGAUUCGGCUGAGCUGCAACAAUUGAAUAUGGAAGCUGCAGCUGCGGAACGCGAAGAAUCUAUGUUGUUGCACAAACAGAUACUUGCCGCCGAGCGGCGUAUGCCGAAUCCCGACCGCAGUGACUCUUGGGAGUAUAUCGCUGAUAGUGUGGAGGAGAGCGUGUGCUCAACACCAGAGCCGGUAUAUGCCAACGAGGAUGCCACCUAUGGUAGGGUAUUCGAAAUGGCCACAAGCAGCAAAUCAGCAGCGACACAAGCAAAUAGAAACUACGAAAAUACCACGAUUAGCAGACCUUCGACAUCGCGUAUGCAGGCAAAUAAUUUUGGCCAUACGAAAACUGCCGAGGUGGAAGGCGCAGUUGGCGGUUGUAUGGCAGCACCUGUCGAAAUUAUACAAGAAUUCGAUCCGCUUUCCAGUCGCAAAGCCGCCACAAUCUGCAACUCAGAUAAAAGCAAUCAGCUCUUGCUUUUGGAGCAUCUGCUCGAGGAGGAUAUAUACGGCACAGUUUCGGGAGAUCAAGUGAAAUCCGAUGACGAUGUUAGCAUGUGUACAUCAGAGGAAGACAAUCAGACUGCGGUUACCGGCACCACAACGGCUAUAGUGUCGCAGCAGCCAGCCACAGUGGUGCUGCCUACACCGAGCAACAAGCCCACCACCACAAACAGCGUCAGAGAUUCUCAAAUACAGAUUGUGCAUCAAAACGCACAGCUGCUCUCGGAGAGCAUGGAAAACAUGCUGGACGAUGAGGAGGAACGCGUGCGACCCUACUUAAGCCGAGUUGAGGAACAACCCGCAAGCGGCAGUAACGUAGACUUAUCCCGCAGUGGCGAUAAUCGCACACAAUGGUUCGUGCAGGACAACAAUAAAGAAAACAAUGAGCAGCAAAGACGUAAUCCCUUCAACAAGCUGAAUAUCGUCGGCGAUGGUCCACCAUCCUAUUUGGAAGCUAUUGGCGCUGAUGGCCGUCCACCAUUCACGCCUAACGAACAAAAAUCACGUGCGUCACGUUUCAUGAACACCGUUAAUGUAUUCUCCACCAAUGUUAAACAACGCGUCGGUGCGAUCACGCGUAAGAGCAGUUUCAAAAUGGCACCCAAAUCGGAUGUGAAGGUUACGCUACAGAUGGUGCCACGUCCCACACUCUCGCCAAUGCUCGUGCGUUACGAGGGACCGUUGAUACGUUUUCCAUCCGGUGUUGUAGAAGAUAUACUGAAAGAGAUGCAAAAUCGUAAGGCCAUACUGCGCGAUCGCCAAUUUCAAACAUUCCUCGAUCAGGAGAUGAAGACACCCAAAGAAACCAUACCACUCGAUUGCAUUACGACUUUGCAGUGUGUAAGCAAUAGUCGUGUAACUGAUAAUUCGACACAUUUCUAUUGCUUUGAAAUUACCACAGCAAUUCCGAAGAAUCAAUCGAGUUCGGGUAAUGUGCAGGCAAUGUCGAAUCCGAAUCUGGUUAUGACGAGUACCUCGUCGGGCAACUGCAAGCAUCAGCGUGUGGCACAUCUGUAUGGUGUGAGCAAGGAAUCAGAGCGCGGCAUUUGGAUGCAAAAGUUGUUAGAAAGCCUAACCAAUACCAUACCACCGAAAUAUCUCUGCCAUUACUAUCGUGCCGGUUGGUGUUAUCUGAAGAAUUCGAUAACCUCCGAGUGGAGCGGCACUUGGCUCGUGUUGAAGAAGAAUCAGAGACGUUUGAUAUUCGUAAGUGAAGCUGCCGGAAAUCUGGAGAAAAUGGAUCUACGCAAAGCGCGCUGCAUAGUGCUCAAAGACAGCGAUGAAACGAUACGCAACUUACACGUCGAGUCUGGUCCGACGCUUAUGAUAGACUGUCCACCAUUUACGGUAUAUAUGAUUAUGUCCUCACCCCGCGAAACUAAAAUUUGGCGUCACAUCAUCCGCGAAGUGGCACACAAUAAUGGCUUUUCGCUGAUCGAUCAACAAUUAACUAAAUUCAAUGUUCCCGUUAUUGUGGAUAAAUGCAUCAAUUUCGUUUAUAUACACGGUUCCAUGUCGGAGGGUAUUUAUCGCAAAUCCGGCUCCGAAAAUUCCAUAUUAAAGCUAUUAUCUGCCUUCCGUGCCGACGCCUUCAAUGUCGAGAUCACACGAAACGAAUAUAACGAACACGAUGUGGCUAACGUUUUGAAGCGUUUCAUGCGCGAUCUGCCUGAACGUUUGAUGGGUAAACUCUCCGAGAGCUUUAUGUGUGUGACUGAACUCACGAAAGCGUCCGAGAAGAUACAAGCGUACAAAGAACUCUUGGCACGUCUGAGUGUGAUCGAACGUGAGACUCUGAAGAAAAUUGUCGGACAUUUGGCAUUUAUAAGUUCACAGAAAACGAAAAACAAGAUGAGUACGAAAAAUCUGACAAUGAUUUGGGGUCCUACGCUGUUACAAAAUCACCAUCAGCAAGAGGAAAUGGUUUACUCACAGAAGGAGGCUGAUGUCUUGACUGAUCUAAUAACACUUUACAAAAAUUUAUUUCCUUUGACGCCGGAGGAAAUGAAAAAGGAGCAAGAAAUGCUGAUGUGCUUGCAGAAAUACUAUGCGGCCGCAGAAACGAUGGCAGACUCUGUGAAAAAGUCAGGCGAUUUGAAGAUGUGGGUGGUUCUAAAUGCCAAACCAGAGCUUACAAAUGAGGAAAAGGAUCAGGUCAAUGUCACAAUCACACCCACCCGCACCGCCUACGACAUCUGCCGCGAGCUAGCGCCCAAAAUGCAUAUGUCCACCCACCAAGUAUCCCUGCACGAAGUCAUUUUGAACGAUUGUUUAGAGCGUCCGCUACACCAUGACACAAAAGUAUUCGACGUCGUGCUCAAUUGGUCCUACUGGCCCGAGGAUGAUCGCAAAAACAAUUAUCUCGUUGUCAAGCCGAUCGAUACGCUGCGCGAAGUACAACGUGCCGUUAAAAAUCUGGCAACCGUAACACCCGGCAAAGAACUGAAAUUCGCCGAUAAUCGCACGAAGUCCUUCAAAUCCUUGCUCUGCGAGUUACGCGACGGAAAAAUUGUGAUAUCGAAAAAAGACAAAAAUGACAAAACCACCAUUGUGCGUGAGAUCUUCUUGCACAGCACCACAGCGUAUUUGGGCUUUGAGAAGAAACGCGACUUUCCGUGGAGCUGGGCCAUCACUUUCGUCGAGCGCACGCAAACGCAGAUUUUGAGAUCACGCGAUUCACCCUUCAUUGGUCAUGUGUUAGCAGGCAGCGAGUGGGUCGACCGCACGAUCUGGUACUCCAGCAUUUGGUAUAGCUUGUAUGGCGACAAUAUACUGCCACCGGCGGAAAUUAUUCUCAAGUAGCUGCAGUGCAAUAAUAUUUAAUAAUAAAAUU